AUGCUAGAAGAUAGCAUUGAUGCCCGAUUGGCUUUGGCGUCGCUCAUCCUUGGAGACGCUAAAGAAGAUGAGGCUAUUUCUUUGCUUUCUCCUCCCAGUGAUUUGAGUAACAUUCUUUGCCACAUAUAUAAAGCAAAAGGGGUGCUUCAAGAGUUUGUUAAUACAAUCUUACCUUUGGUUCGUGAGUCACUUUAUGUAAAAACUCUUCGUCCAAAGACGUGA